AUGGGCGACCCGAAAGUGGUCACCUCGUGUACCUCCAGCUUCAUGGAAGCCAGAGUGUCUAUUACUCAGUACCAGCCAACGGGGCGCCCGAUCGAAGAUCGGUACUCACUUCUGGAAGAUGAAGGCCAUAGGCGCCUCAUUAUGGGCGUCUACGAUGGACAUGGCGGUGCCGCUACAGCACAUUAUAUUAGCACUGAACUACCUGAGCGACUGUUGAACCAUGCAGGUUCCCACAGCGAAGUUUUCGAAGAAUUGGACAGAUCCCUGAUUGACACCUUCGUCAAGGAUCAUCUUGUCAUGCGGGGCAAGGGCAAAGAUUGGGUUCAAAACGCAGAGAGAAUAAAAGCCGGAUGUACAGCAUUGGUUUGCGAUAUCCGUAUGGACUCAAUGAAGGCAUUAAUUUCAAACGCUGGCGAUUGCAGGCUGAUAGUCUGCAGACGGGUCGAACCCGGAGGACGUGUGACAGUCCCAUUCCAGACAGUCGACCGAAACGCCAAAUCGCCCUCGGAACAAGAUAGACUUCGCUCUGAUCACCCGAAUGAAGAUAUGAUCAUUGUCGGUGGGCGACUAUUUGGCAAGCUGAUGAGUACACGAGCAUCGCCCUUAUCUUCAGGAUUUGGGGAUGGCUAUUACAAACUCCCCAUUGGUGGAAUUUUUGGGAAAAGAACUCACAAACGCUAUAUUGACAUCCUUUCCUCCAUCGAGCAACCGGGGAAAGUGCCAAUGAACGUCCAGUACGAGAGCUACUUCUGUGGCUAUAGAACACCCCCGUAUGUUACCGCUCGGCCGGAAACCACUUCCUUCGACUUACUUCCAGGGGACACUCUGGUUAUGGCUUCAGACGGACUUUGGGAUCUUGUCUCGAGCGAUGAUGUCGCUUCCAUCGCCAUUGAUACUAGUUCCGCUGACCCGUCAGGAAGUCUUGCGUUUGCGAUCCUUCAGGAAGCGAAGGCCCGUAGACUACCUGGGGAUGAUGUUACCAUUAUGGUUGUCGAGCUCCCAAAAACCUGUUCUUCGAGGGGGACCCAGUAA